AUGCACAAUGCUGAGAAUCACGAGAGAGCAAACAUUCCAUUCAUUCAACGAUCACCAAAAGUAGUAUACCAAGGAGAACAUGACAAAUUGACUGUUAAAAAAUGUAUUUUUAGUGCAGAGCAUGCAGUAUAUGAAGACGAGAACUCAAAGAAUAGCAGUCAUCUUGAAGAAGAGCCUGAUGUUAUUGGACCUGGAGUUAAUAUCUUGGCAGCUUGGACUGAGGCUGUUGGUCCUACUGGCCUCGAGCAGGAUACUAGGAAGACAAAGUUCAACAUUAUGUCUGGUACAUCAAUGUCCUGCCCGCACAUUAGUGGCUUAGUUGCGUUGCUGAAAGCAGCACAUCCUGAUUGGAGUCCAAGCGCCAUUAAAUCUGCACUGAUGACGACGGCCUACACUCUAGAUAACACUAGUUCUCCUCUGCGUGAUGCUGCAGACAACUCAUUUGCCAACCCAUGGGCUCAUGGAUCUGGCCAUGUCGACCCACACAAGGCCCUCUCCCCAGGACUCGUAUACGACAUCACGCUGGAAGACCAGCUUAACUAUCCGUCUUUCUCAGUCUUGUCUGGCAAGUCUAGAGCUGCAAGGUACUCCCGUGAAUUGACAAAUGUAGGAGCUGCAAGGUCUAUUUAUCAAGUUAUGGUUGAAGCUCCCCAGAAUGUGGUGGUAACCGUGAAACCCCCAAGGCUCGUUUUCGGGAAUGUAGGCGAUAAGCAACGAUAUACAGUUACUUUCGUGUCAAAGAAGGGCGUGAAUCUGUCAGGCAGGAAUGCAUUUGGUUCCAUUUCUUGGAAGAAUACCAAACAUCUUGUGAAGAGUUCAGUUGCCUUCUCCUGGACACAUAUAUGA